AUGUCUCACAAGUCUUUGUGUGGCAGUUCGCGCAGUGAGCUCCGAAAUGUGACUGGAGUGGUUACUGCUAAGGACAAGUACGGUGUCUGGAUACUCAGCGAAGCAUCUGACGACGUACGCGUGUCAAACGGACUCAGAGUCUAUGGAUGGUCUAUUUCAAAGCUGGUGAACAUCGGUGACAUGAUCUCGCUCUCCGGAAAGGUGUCCGAAUAUCGAGCAAACGCGAGCCCUAACGAUCUCUUCCUCACCGAAUUGGCUUCACCUCAAGAUGUCACUGUCAUUUCCCGCGACAACGUUGCGAUACCGAUUGUGAUCGGGAAGGACCGCAUUCCCCCUACUGGCAGCCUUACUGCCUUGGACAAAGGUGCAGAUGGUUGGCUCUCCGUUCCAAAUAACGUCACGCUCCUGGAACCCGUCAAUGCUACUUUGCAGCCUGACCUGUAUGGCCUCGACUUUUGGGAAAGUCUUGAAGGGCAACUAGUCGCGGUACAGUCUCCCGUGGCCGCCAGCUUCCCUGACAGGUUUGGCUCGAUCUGGGUUUAUGGAGACUGGCCAGUGACCGGGAAGAACACCCGAGGUGGUCUCACCAUCACAUUCUCCGAGACAACUGGUAUCCCUCAUGCACACCCAGAGACUAUCUUGAUCGGUCGUCCUUUCGACGGGGCUAGAAACCCGAGCACUUCUAUUGGAGCGACCCUCACGGAUAUUACUGGCAUUGUAACUUAUCAGUAUGGUUACUACUACAUCUUACCUCUCACAGCACCGAAGAUUAUAUCUGUCCCUGAAAUUGAAGUCCCAACUUCGUCUCUAACUUCGACCAAGAACCCUUGUGAGAUCACCAUUGGCGACUACAAUGUUGAUAAUAUGUCGCGCCGCUCCCGACACCUAACUCACGUCGCGGAGCACGUCGCAGACUACCUCCACUCGCCGGACGUUCUCUUCGUGCAGGAGAUUCAGGAUGACUCAGGAUCGAGUGACGACGGUACCGUAUCUGCUGCCAAGACUCUCACCACGCUCGUCUCCGCUAUCAAGAAGGCCAGUGGCGGGGUGCAUUACGCGGCUGUGGACAUCGACCCGGAGAACAACAUGGACGGUGGUAAGCCUGGAGGAAAUAUUCGUGUCGCUUAUUUGUGGCGUCCCGACAAGGUCUCGCCUGUUCCGGGUUCUCCGAUUGGAAAGGCCACAGAGGCUACAGAAGUUCUCGUCGAUGAGAAAGGCAAACUCAGUCUGACGUUGAACCCCGGACGUGUCAAUCCCACGAAUUCUGCGUGGGAGGAGACUCGUAAGCCCCUUGCAGCUGCGUGGCAGACGACAUCUGGGGAACGGUUCAUUACGGUCAACGUGCACUUCAGCUCGAAGCGCGACAGCUCCUCCGCGCAAGGCGAUGCGCGUCCACCCGUCAACGGCGUGGUAGAGCGGCGCAGCCGUCAAGUAGACGUCAUCGCUAACUUCGUGGAGAGCAUACUCAUACAGGAUGUCAACGCGAGCAUCAUCAUCGGCGGGGACAUGAACGAAUACAUCCAGACACGCACUGUCUUCGCCCCCUUUGUGGGGCUGCUCACGGACAUUAACGAUGCCGCCGGCGUGCCGCAAGAGGAGCGCUAUACAUACGUGUACGACCAGAACAUGCAGGAGAUCGACCACGUGUUCCUGUCGGCUGCGGUAGCACGACGCGCGCCGCUAGUCGAGCAUGUACAUGUGAAUACGUGGGCGGCGAGCCUCUCUGCUCGCGCGAGCGACCAUGACCCGAGUGUCGCGAAGGUAUGGGUGUGUGAGCCGGACAAUGAGGAUGCAUCAUCCGACAGCAGCAUCGUUCUUGAGUAUACAGACUACGUCGAGGGACAACUUGUCCUAUAA